AGAGGAAGUGGAGAACAAGAUGAUAACAUCUGGACAAUAGUGUCUCUCGGAAUAGGCAACAGCAGACACAGCGUUGGCCAUCAAAAUUAAUAACCGGCCCGGAACUCUAAAAUAGGUCCCCGAUCACAUGUUGCCAGUUAUAGCCGGCUAGCUCUUCUGAUGGUCCCACCUCGCUUGCAUAGACCACUCUCCUUGACGAACUCAUUAGUGACGUCACUGUAUGCAGUCAAACCAAGCGUGGUUUGUGUGUGCGUGUGUCUGUGUGGUCUGUGUGACCGCGUAUUGCCGAAUAUGCGCAACUCCUACCGUUGGCAGUUGUCGGAGCUAGUAAGAGAAAAGGCGGUCUGGACAGGAACCAUUUAUUACAGCCUGAAAGUAGAAAGCCUUUGCUCCUGCGAUGUAUUUUGACGCGCCUGCUUGUUGCUGAAUGGUUUUAACCGCGCUCUAUAGUUAAAACCCAUUGCGUUGUGUGUGGCGCGACUCACAAUGGAUUUAUUAUUUGUAUGUCGAGGGCAGACAUCGCCCGGUCCUGCUUGUAAUUUUUGACUUGUCAUCACUGGGUUAGUGUUCCUUUUCUUCCUUUUUUUGAACGACAACAACAAAGACGUCUAGCCACUGCCUGACAUUUGGAUACUGGUGACCACAUGGUUCAACAUUUUUGGAGGGCGCAUUCACAUCGGAGAGUCUUUGCUUGCUUUUUGAGCCUUCCCUGUCUCAUGGGGUGACCCAUUCAGGGCUCAUGAGAUGUGACAGCAGGACAGCCCAGACUUCCUCCCCGCCUGUGGCCUCAUCCCCGUCAGCCAAGUUGGGGUGCUCCUUCCCGGGCCCGGACCAUCUCCAACCCCUACAGCCACCCUCUCGCCCUAACCCUCCUCCCGACGGAUUGAAUGACACUUAGCAGUGAAGCCGCCGUGCUCUGCCUCCCUGUCGCCAUGAAGAGCCGGUACCAGCAGUACUACAACUCCACCCUCAUCCAGUUCUACUACCGCUUCGCCAAGAACAUCAGCCAGGAGGAACUGGUGCGGCGGCAGCACGAGAAGAAGGAGCUGAGCACGCUCAACAUCGUCAUCGUGGUGCUGUGCAGCAUCAUCAUCCUGGAGAACAUGCUGGUGCUCAUCGCCGUCUUCCGCAACAAGAAGUUCCACUCCGCCAUGUUCUUCUUCAUCGGCAACCUGGCCUUCUCCGACCUACUGGCCGGCUCCGCCUACAUCGCCAACAUCUGCCUGUCGGGGCCGCGCACCUUUGAGCUGCUGCCCGUGCAGUGGUUCAUCCGCGAGGGCACCACCUUCAUCGCCCUGGCCGCCUCCGUCUUCAGCCUCCUGGCCAUCGCCAUCGAACGCUACGUGGCCAUCACGGAGGUGAAGGUGUACGGCUCCAACAAGACGUGCCGCAUGUUCAUGCUGAUCGGCGCGUGCUGGUUCACCGCCAUCCUGCUGGGGGGCCUGCCCAUCCUGGGCUGGAACUGCAUCAACACCCUCGAAGAGUGCUCGGCCGUGCUCCCCCUCUACACGCAGCGCUACAUCUGCUUCGCCAUGACCAUCCUCAGCGUGAUCCUGCUGUCCAUCGUCAUCCUGUACGUGCGCAUCUACCUGAUCGUGCGCUCCAGCCACCAGGAGGCCACCAACUCGCCGGCGUACGCGCUGCUGAAGACGGUCACCAUCGUGCUGGGCGUGUUCAUCGUGUGCUGGCUGCCCGCCUUCACCAUCCUCAUGAUGGACUCCUUCUGCUCCAUGAAGUUGUGCCCCAUCCUCAAGUACGCCGACAAGUUCUUCGCCCUGGCCACGCUCAACUCGGCGAUGAACCCCAUCAUCUACACGCUGCGCAGCAAGGACAUGCGCAAGGAGUUCCUGCGCGUGCUGUGCUGCUGGGGGCUCCUGCGGAGCGGGCAGCCCGCCGACAGGUGCCUGGUCCCCCUGAAGAGCUCCAGCUCCCUGGAGCACUGCACCAACAAACACGAACACCAGCAGACCACGCCCAUCAUGCAGACGUGCACCACCUGCGUUUGACGGGCCGCGCGCGCGUGUGUGUGUGUGUGUGAGUGUGUGUGUGUGUGUGUGCGUGGGAUGUGUGUCGCACUGGCGUUUGUUAAAAGCACCGCUUCCACUUCUUGUUUUUUCUUUUUCUCGUGCACGUGCAAAGAGGAAAAUAAGAGGGGACAGGAUGUCGGCCGGCUCCCUGUGGACGAUUGGGGAAGAGAGAGCGAGGGGCGAGCGAGGGGCGAGCGAGACACGUGCACCGCUGCCGACGCCGGCACGACCUGGAUGAGGAAGCGAUCCUGGAGGGCGCCGAGACCCCAACAGCCGAGGCCCUUGUUAAAAACUGUAAAAAAAAAAAAAGAAAAAAACUUUCUGACUGACUUUCUCACGCAUUUCAACUCCACAGUGAAUUGUAUGUAUUUUACAAUCCGUGUUUCUAACGUGUUCCAUGCAAACUGAAGCCGUGACCAGUAGGCACAAAUGGCUUGGGAAGAGACGUGACAUUAUGAACUCCUGGGGAGACUUUUGAAAAAAAAAAAUGUGAAAAAAACGUGGGUACUAAUUACAGACAAUAUCUACAAACCUUUACAUACAAGCCUUUGAGCUCUUUAAUUAAAAAGAGCCCCCCCCCCCCUGUCAUGUAUGGAAAUGCCCCAUCGAAUACCAAAUAUAUGUACGGCAAAUGCCAUCUAAAUUAGAUUGAGUUGUGGCGAGACUUGUGUCUACGUCUGCACUGAUGUAAAGCGUGCAAUGUUGCACUUCGUAAAUUUGUAGGCAAUAUCAACCUUUCCCCUAUGAGUUGAAUGUUUGCCUUUUUUUCCCGAGACUUAUGAACAUUCCUACGCCCUCAUAGAUGUACGUUGUAUGGCCCUACACGAUACUGCUCAUGAGCACGGAGGCAGCAGUGAUCCACUCCCUUUGAAACCCUGCACUCCAGACAAUCCAGGACACAACACCCCUUAUGGCGUCCCCCCCCCCCCCCCCCCGGGCAAUGUAUAACCUCUAUAUAACCUUUAUAGAACCACUUCAUUUACCAAUACAGACGCCAAGUAUUCUGCUUCCAUGUACUGCAUGAUUUCCCUUUGUACUCGUUUGUAAGCGCUCAUAUGUAUGAAUGGUAUAUAUCCAAGUACC